AUGGCUCGUUUAUCAAACUUAUUAUCGAUUUUAUUGCUUGCUGUUUCGUUGUUUUAUGCUUCGGCCAAGGUGGUAAUAUAUACUGUCACUUUUGUUCCAUGUGUUCAGAAUUUAACUUGUCCCCAAGGUAAUCCAACUUUCUUCAAUCGAACUUUCGCUUUGAAUGAUAGUCUUAGUCCAAAUUUGACUUUAAAUGUUGGUGAUCGAUUAAUAUUCAAUUUGGUCACAAAUGUUUCAAUUCAUCCAUUAACAAUCUGCCAAAACAGUUCCAUACCUAAAUUCUGUCAAGGAGCUAAUAGUAGUAAUGAACUUAGUACUCCAAUUACUCAAGCAGGUACUAAUGCUUCUGUUACUUUCAUUAAUGCUGGUAUUUACUAUUAUGGAUGCACAAAUCAUCCUGGAAUGGGUUCUAUAAUUAAUAUUCUUCAAACAACUACUUCUACAGUAUCACCUGGGAAUAUUGGUGAAAUUGAUACAUUAAAUGAGAAAUAUCAAGCACAAGCAUCAAUCGAAGCUCGUUGGGUGGUUCCAUCAUGUAAUUUCUUUUCAACUCUUUCGCCUCUUGAUCAAGAUACUUUGAAUCGUGGAAAAUCUGUGUCUCUUAGUACAUAUACCGAAACAAAUUGGCAUCCUCAAUUGUUCAUCGAAAAUACUCUAGGUGAUCUGAAAGAACAAAUAAGAUAUACUGCAAGAAAAACAUCGGAUUAUCAAGCCUGUAUAUGUGAACAUCGUGAUAUUAAAGGACUUUUUUGGGAAAAACUUGAAUUGAAUCAUUUUCCAUCUGAUAUUCAAGAAUUAUCAAUUUCUGUUGGUUCAAUGUUCUAUAAUGAUAGAGUAUUACUAAUGCCGGAUCCAUAUUAUCAUAGUGGAGUAAAUCGUGAAGCAUUCGUCGACCAACAAGAAUGGACAUUAUAUGAACAUAUAAAUGUACAACAACGUUUUAUUCGAGAAUCUUUUGAAACUAUUGAUGACGAUGAAAAUGGUGACAUAAAUUCAAAUGAAGGACGUAAACGUUCACUUGUGUCUGUAUCAUGUCAUGUAGCACGUCGUUCUGGUUAUUUUUAUUGGAAUGGUUACUGCUUGAUUUUUCUUAUUACUAUUUUUGGCUUUUGUGUCUUUUCAAUACCAGCUAAUCUCACACCAAAUCGUCUUGCUAUUGGAGCUACUUUACUUCUAACUUCAAUCACUUUUCGUUGGACAGUAAAUCGAUCUCUUGUAAGUAAAAAUUAUGUUUUUGAAACACAAUUAGUUUUAGCUCGUAAAAAAGUCCAAAAAAUAACAUUUUUUUUUGUAAAUGAAAAUGUUUUAAUUUUUUCUACAUUGAAAAAUUAUAAUGUCUAA